AUGGGCCAGUGUGUCACCAAGUGUAAGAAUCCAACAUCUUCACUCGGCAGCAAGAGUGGAGACAAGGAAGGUGGUUCCAAAUCCCACAAAAAAGGUGGCUGUGCCAUAGGUUUUGGAAGCCACAAAGAAGAGUCCAUUGCUCCAAGUGGCAAAGGCAACAACGAGUUAUCAAAUGGAACCAAGGCUUUGGAGGUGACAGUGGAGACGCCUGUCAUCCCGUCAGUGAUGGGGGAAGCACGAAAAGAGGAGCCCCUUGAAGGUGGGCUCUCAAUGAGACGUAUUGACAAGCUGUUUUCCUGCUACAAGGAUGACCAGGAAGAUGCUAUUCUGGAAGAGGGUAUGGAAAGAUUCUGCAAUGACUUGUGCGUAGAUCCUGCAGAAUUUCGAGUGUUGGUUCUGGCGUGGAAGUUUCAAGCAGCCACUAUGUGCAAGUUUACACGGAAGGAGUUUGUUGAUGGUUGUAAAGCCAUCCAGGCUGACAGUCUUGAAGGCAUCUGCUCACGCUUCUCCUUCAUGCUGCUCGAGGCUCAGGGAGAGGAGAACUUCAAGGACCUGUAUAGAUUUACUUUUCAGUUUGGAUUGGACGCAGAGGAAGGCCAGCGAUCUUUGCAGCGGGAUAUUGCCAUUGCUUUGUGGCGUCUGGUUUUUACGCAGGACACACCUGCUAUUCUAGAGCGCUGGCUGGACUUCCUGGCUGAGAAUCCGUCAGGUAUUCGUGGCAUUUCCAGAGACACGUGGAACAUGUUCCUUAAUUUUACACAAGCAAUUGGACCGGAUCUGACCAACUACAGUGAAGAUGAGGCUUGGCCCAGUCUCUUUGACACGUUUGUAGAAUGGGAAUUGGAACAUAGAAAAAAAUCAAAGGAACAGGCGUUGAUGACAGACGAGGACGAGGAAAGAUGCACUGAGACAGAAUGCUCUCCCACAACAGACAGACUGGCAACAGAGGGAAGCCGCGGCUCACAGACGUGGGGGGGUCACUAA